UCAGAUCUGUGCAGCGGUAAGCUUGUGGAAAGCCUUGCUGUGCGUAAUUGUUACUGUGAAAUCGCAAUAGAUUACAAGUAAUACACUGCAAAUUUAUCAUGAAUAUACCCAUUGUAAACUUUGAGGACUACAUGCUAGGAGAAACAAACAUCUCUGCCGAAAACCUGCAGGAAUUAUGUGCCAGCCUGAAGACAGCGUUCAUAGAAGUUGGUUUUGUUUAUUUGAAGAACACUGGAAUAACGCAGCAAGAGGUAGAUGAGGUGAUGAACAUUUCUAAGGAAUUCUUUUACCUUCCUGAGGAGAAGAAACUUCCUUUCAGCAGGGGCAGUUACAACAAUAACCCCAAUCAUGGUUGGGUCUCCCUAGAAAGAGAGAGGUUAAAUCCAGCGAGACCUGGUGAUCUAAAGGAAGCGUUCAACACCAGCUCACUACACCCUGAUAUAAAAUGGCCAUCUGAAGAUGUCCCUGGUUUUAGAGAUAAGCAAGUUUCCUUCUUCAUGCGGUGUAAAGAGCUUUCUCUCAGGGUUCUCAGACUGAUGGGUCUCAGUUUAGGCCUAGAUGUGGAUAUCUUUGUCAGUGCACACAAACAAAUUGGAACUGAUGAGAAUGGCUCCACUCUGCGGACCCUGUACUAUCCCCCGGUGGACAGUGGUCAUGUGAAGGAGGGCCAGUUGCGCUGUGGGGAGCACUCCGAUUACGGCAGCAUCACUUUCGUCUUCCAGAGCCCAGAGGGAGGACUGCAGGUUUUGUCACGGUCAGGACAGUACAUUUCAGCUCCAUUUAUCGCUGGGACAGUUUUACUAAAUGUUGCUGAUCUAAUGCAGAGGUGGACCAGUGAUGUUUUUAUUUCUGCGAUCCAUCGAGUGCUGCUACCCUCUCCUGGAGAUUCAACCACACGCCAGUCUUUGGCCUAUUUUGUGCAGCCUGAUGAUGAGGCCUUGAUUACUUGCUGUGAUGGCUUGAACAAGUAUCCCCCUGUAAAAUCAGGGUAUUACCUUACGGAAAGAUUUAAAGAAAGUUAUGGACGUAAGUCAGGCUCCAUGGAAUCCUAGAUUAUAAAAUGGUUGGAAACUUUAUAAUCAGAAUGAAUUCUAGCAGUAUUAUUUUGAAAAAAAUAAUAAGACCAAGAAUAAUUUAAAUGGGACCAAAUAUUGAUUUCUUCUUAAAGACUUGCUUUACUGUAGGGAUAUUUGUAGAUUAAUGUCAGAUUAUAAUUCUAAUGUCAUCAUUGUUUUUAUAGCAAUGUUUUAAUAUUGGAAGUUGUCUUAUCAAUUAAAGCAAUAAAAAAAAUCUCCUCUAUGUU